AUGAGUGCUAAAGGGGAGCAGGAAGAAUCUCUCCUUCCAUCCCAACCUCAACAACAAGUACAGCCACAACUCCUAUCAUCAACAACCAACCAAGUGUCCGCGUUACAUUCGCCAUCCAUCAUUGUCAAUUCUGAAGGAAUGAAUGUUUCGGAUCAUCAUUCAGGGCAACAACAGAUAAGUUCUGGCUCUAGAGUAGCGCCGAUCGUUGGAACUAGUUCAUCAUCAUCAUCGUCACCACCAUCAACACUAAUGAUAGGACCACCAUCAUCACUAGUACAAGAACAACAAUCGACAAGUAUGGACGCUCACAAUACAACACCCAAUCCGUCAUUGGAUGCUUCACAAUCUGUACGGACUAUUUCUUCAUCGAGUCCAAACGAUAACCAACAUCAUUCGGAUACGAAUCCGAAAAACGCUUCGUCCAUGUCAUUUCUUGCGAAACAUUUAAAGAGCUUUUCAAAUAAUGACAUCAUUCACUUUUUGAAGAAGUUACCCCGUCAUAGUCAUGACCCAGAUCGAUCUCACCAAAGUAAUACUAAUACAACUUUGCAAUCUAAAUCAAAUUCAACAACAUCUACGGAUGUGGCAGUCAAUCCCAACAACAAUUUACAUGACGAUGUUCACGCUUUGAAAAAGAAUAUUAUUUCUGAUGGGCAUCUUUCAAUUUCAAGCAGUUUACUCCAAAAGUCAUCAAAUCUGUCAAAUACCUCUCAGUCAACUCCAGAAAAAGAUCAACAAUCAAAAACAAGGACAAUGGAUGAUUUUCUUAAAAAUGUUGGAACAAAAACAAGUACGAGCACAAUCAAUACGCCCACUUCAAAUAUUUAUUCAUCUUCAUCAGAAGACGAAGGAGGAGCCUAUAAAGAGAGUAAAAUAAGAAAAAGACGUAGCUCCUCGUCCCGCAUGACCUCUCCCAGCACAUUACAAACAGGAGAAGUGAAAAUCAAAAAAAUAGGUUUAAAGACCCUCUAUAAUAUGAUGGUUCUUCAGCCUAGUAUUACUGACAAGGUCCUCCCACUUUUAUUGAUUGAUGUUCGAUCCUCUGAAAAAGAUUUUAUAAUUUCUCCUCUUUCUCAAACUUCACCAAGCCACCACCCCAAAGCUUCUUCUUCUUCUUCUCAUGGAUUAACUAUUUCAGAAAUGAGUAAUAUUUUGUCGUCCCAAAUUGAGAGCGAAAUACCACGACCAAAGCAUGCUUCAUCCUCCUCUGAACAGCUUCAUAACAGUUAUGUAAAUUUGUCCAUCCCAUCUGACUCUUCAGAUGUAAAUAAUAAUGCAGGUUUCCUUCCCACCACAUCAACCACAACUCGCCCAAGAACGUUAAGUAAUUCAUCUGCAGUGCCCAUGUUAAAUUUGCAUUCCAUGCACGGCGUUAAUAGUCACAGCCAAGAGAGUUUAGCAAGCCCGAAAACUCUUCAUCAAUUAAGCCCUAGAUCUUCCUCUCUAGGACUUUCUCAACACAUCCAAUGGUCAAUUCAUUUUUAUUUACCAGAUUACAUUAUUGAACAUAUUCCUGUGGAUGAAGUGAACAAAGACAACGUGUUGAGUAUUAUUCACAUGAUAGAAUCAACCAAUACAUGUAUCGAUAAGGAACUAUACAGAACAAGAUUUGCAUGGAGAAAAAUGUCGAAUGUUGUAGUUAUUGGAGGCUCUGCAAGAGACGAAACGCGUGUCAAAUGGCUAUUGCGAGUUUUACAAUUAGAAGGAAAAUCGUACAAUCUGUAUACAUUACACAGCCCUUUAAAUUAUGGCCACUUUGAGGCAAAAUAUCCAUUUUCAAUUACCUCAUUCGAUUUUGUAGAGUUUUUGUUACCAAGUCACAUUUAUAAGAAUAUUUAUUUAUCCGGUUAUAGAGUAAUUUCACAAGAGCGAGCAAUCGAAGUUUUAUUGCCAAGGAGAAUUGUCAUUAGAAACAUUUUAAACUGUGCAAAAGAGUGCAAGUGUGUCAUUCCUGAUAAGCUCAUUUGCAACCCCAAUGACCCGUUAGAAAAAUCACCACAAAAGUUUUCAUAUUUACAUAUUAGACUAGAUGAUCAUGAUCCUGUGUUUUGUUAUUUUACAGCUGAGCAAAUGAAAGAGAGCGUCAUGUUCAUCAAUAGAGCAGUUAAAAACAAUGAGAAUAUUUUAGUUCAUUGUCAAGAAGGCAGAAGUCGCUCCGUGACAGUGAUUACACUAUUUCUCAUGAUAUGUGUUGGAUGGAGAGUUAAUCAUACACUCGAUUUUAUCAAAACUCACAGACCAAACAUGAGUGUACAUUCUACCUAUGUGAGGCAAUUACGAGCCAUUGAAGAAUACUUAUUGGACAAGAUUGAGAAAAUCAAAUACGACAACAGUGAUGAAUCCAUUUUUGAUAUUGAGGGAAUUGUAAAAGUCGAAAGUGGACAACACAUUAGUGAAAGUGACAGUGAGCAACCGACAUUACCGACUGGUCCAACCUUGAAAUCACAAAGUUCCAUGAGUUCAAUGCUUGAAUAUUCUUCCACCGAUGAUUCGACAAAUCCAAAUCAUUCCAAUCUUUCAUCUCCUGGAGGAGGAAAUCGAAAAUCCAGUCGAAAACUGUGUGAAAAGUUGAAUGUGACUCUCCUUUACGCUCGAUUGAGUAAAUCCACCUCCACUCCACAACAGCAACAGGAUUCUCCCACCACAGUCAUGGAGUCUCCAGAAUUUUGCUCCGAUGAAGAACUCCUCGAACAAUUACUCGAUGAAAUUGGAGAGAAUGUUGUGAAUCCAUUCAUUAAGGAUUUAUUAGAGACAUCUUCGACUGUCGUCACAACCAGCGCUACCACCAUCUCUCCUUCAAAGAAUUCAUCACAGCAAUAA